GCGAAGUUGGCUGGCUGACAAUUCAUGAGAAAGUGAGACGGUGUAGUACUGUUGUUUGCAUAGGUUGUUUGUGUUUGUUUAAUAUAUUUGAAAUAUAAAUAAGUUGUGUCGUUAUAAAAUGUGUCCAUAUUGAGUAAAUUCAAAAUGUGAAAAGUGAAGUUUGUGUUAGUAAAGUGUAAAGCCAAGCCUAUGCAUUAUGGCGGCUAAUAGGACUAGAGUGGUUCAACAAAAAAAUUUGUCUUCAAUAUUUUCGAAAUUGCACGGGGCUUUUGCAGAAGCGAUGGCUCCUCCUAAAUUAGCAACAGACAAAAGGACGCUUGAUAAAACUUGGAAAUUGAUGGAUAAAGUUGUCAAGUUAUGUCAGCAAUCUAAGAUGAACUUGAAAAAUUCUCCACCGUUCAUACUAGAUAUUUUACCUGACACUUAUCAACGACUAAGGCUCAUUUAUUCUAAGUAUGAAGAUAAAAUGAUGUUGUUAAACACAAAUGAACAUUUUAACGUGUUUAUUGUUAAUUUGAUGCGUAAGUGUAAACAAGCUAUUAAACUGUUCAAAGAAGCUAAGGAAAAGAUGUUCGACGAAAACUCACAUUUUCGUAGAAAUCUUACAAAGCUUAGUUUAAUUUUCAGUCAUAUGCUUAGUGAACUCAAGGCAAUUUUUCCCAAUGGUGUUUUUGCUGGUGAUCAAUUCAGGAUAACAAAAAGUGACGCAGCUGAAUUUUGGAGAAGUAACUUUGGAAACAGCACGCUCGUAUCCUGGAAAUACUUCCGACAACAAUUGAACGAAAUUCAUCCUAUUAGUUCUGGCCUCGAGGCAAUGGCAUUGAAAUCAACUAUAGACCUCACCUGUAAUGACUACAUUUCUAAUUUCGAAUUUGAUGUUUUUACAAGACUGUUUCAACCGUGGACAACGCUUCUUAGGAAUUGGCAAAUUCUAGCGGUCACACAUCCUGGUUAUGUGGCUUUCCUCACCUAUGACGAAGUGAAGGCAAGGCUUCACAAAUACAUCAACAAACCUGGAAGCUACGUGUUUCGACUAAGUUGUACGAGGCUAGGUCAAUGGGCGAUCGGCUAUGUGACAGCGGAUGGAGAAAUCCUACAAACUAUACCUCAGAACAAAUCACUAUGUCAAGCCUUACUAGACGGGUGCAGAGAAGGAUUUUGGUUGGUUGCAGCUACCUGUACCCCGGACGGAAGAAACGUGAAUCCGGAUUUGUCGUACGCGGUGCAGCCGACACCCGAGGACCACAUCAAGGUGACCCAGGAGCAGUAUGAGUUGUACUGUGAGAUGGGCAGCACCUUCCAGCUGUGCAAGAUCUGCGCCGAAAACGACAAGGACAUCCGAAUCGAGCCGUGCGGCCAUCUGCUCUGCACCCCGUGUCUCACCUCCUGGCAGGACUCGGAAGGGCAGGGCUGUCCGUUCUGUCGGGCAGAGAUCAAAGGCACGGAGCAGAUAGUGGUGGACCCGUUCGACCCCAAACGCCAACACAAGGCCGGGUCGCAGGCCGCAGCCGCACUGCUCGCCGCCGCGUCCGCAUCCGACUGCGACAUUGACGACGAAGAGGAAAUGCUAAAUUGGAACUGUCACACCAGCUGCCUUCAAGCUCUUACGCUGUCUCCACACUCCGAGUCGAGUGAUUCACUGGGAGGAAGGAGUCCGAUGAUUUCCCCGGGCGCCUCACCACAGUUGAUCAGGAGGGGCACCGUCCCCCCGCCCCCCUUGCCACCCCGCAGGUCCUCGCCUGUCCUGGGAUCAUCGACUAAUGCAGCAAGUGUUUACUCACUGUUACUACAAGUGACACAGUUUCGUUCACUAUCAGACUACCGUUAUUCUUCUGCAAUCAGUUUGACUGUUCCUAAAGAAGAUGCCCCACCUCCUCCCAGAAGUACCCAGUCAUUACCUGAGAGCAUACCUUGCUCAGACCUUGACAGUUCUACUCCAGGUGUGUCAGAUACGAGGUACGACACACUGCAGUUGCAGCAGCAGGGGGUGGGGGGAGGGCGCCACCAGUCAUGUCCGAGUCUGUCACUGAGCACACCCACGCUUGCGCACUCCAACCCCCCAUCAGAGUCACCCUCCAGCGAGCCCAGUCUCCAGUUUGCUGAGCUGGCCAACAUCUCUGAAGAGCCCAACUACGAAAAUACUGUGAUUUUACCAGGUAUUUCAAUGGUGGAUCCAGUGAGGUCCCCUUCGGUUGGUCACCCAGUGCCGUCCCGUGGCUCGUCAGUGGAGUCACAGAGCUCAUCAAGCAGUCAAAACACGACCAGCAGCCAGCAGACGCAAAUUCGCGGCCCAACGUAUCACCCUCUUUCUUCCUCUCCCUCGCCCGAACCACCCUCCGCACCACCCUACGAGAACCUCAACAUGGACCACAUAGCAAAACUCACGUCUGAAGGUUACGCACCAGAAGCUGUUAUUAGAGCUCUUGGAAUAACAAGGAAUAAUGUAGAAAUGGCGUGGGACAUUCUGCAUGAGUUUGCCAAGAAGCAGACCACGUGAUAAGAGGAGGAGGAGAGGAAGAAAGACUUCAUAUAGAGGCAUUGUUAUUGUUGUGCAGGGUUUUAUUCACUGUUCAAGGGACCUGUUCAAGUACCUUCUUUUCAAAAUUAAUUGUUGAAAGCAUAGUUUGUCUCGUUUUGUUUCAAGCCCGUUGCUUAAAGCCGCUCACGUUUUGCUUCAUUCAUCCACUUGAAAAAAAAACAUUCAUAAUAUUAUAUGUACAUAUUCAAUACCGAACACAGUUAAAAACAUCAGAGUUCAACACCUUCUCAAUAUUUCUUCUACCACAUGUAAUCAUAAAUAAUUUUUGGUAUAACACUGAAUAAUAAAUCCUCCUUUGAAAAAUUCACUUAUUUUCCCAUGAAUCUCCCGGAAAUAUAACACGGAUAUUCACAAAAGAGUGAAGAAGUACAAAGAAAACGAAAACAUAGGAUUAUUCUUUGUAAGUGAUAUGAGAUAAAUAUAAGAAACAUUGUUGAAUCAUUUAAAAUUGUUCAUAGUAUGUAACAACCAGAACUGUAACGAAACGUUUUUUAUGAUUGUUAUAAAUACUUGAAGUAAAUCAAUUUUGAAAACCAAUUGAAUGAAUACUAGUAGAUGAUCUUAGUAACAAUGUGUACUAAAUGAAAAUACCUCAUUUAACUUACAGUGUAAAUUAAAAUGCAGGUAAGACCUGGGUAGUUUUCUCUCUGAUUUCUUUUACAAAACGCGGUCUCUUCAAUAAUUGAUAAUUUUAAAACUCAAAAAAACAUGUGGAUUUAUGUUUGACUCAUGAAUUUUCGACCACUGUACUCAGUGGAAGAGCAGCCGAAAAUAUCGGAUGCUGAAAGUAUAAGGAUUAACUGUGUCAGUCUGAUUGUUUACAAAUGAUAUAAAACUAACUGAAGCUAUGGAUGAAAAUAUCGGAUGUUGAAAGUAUAAGUAUUAACUGUGUCAGUCUGAUUGUUUACAAAUUUUAUAAAACUAACAGAAGCUAUGGAUGAGUAAGAAAUGAGACCUCAAAAUUAGUCGAAGCUCUUCGAAGAACAUGUUUCUAGAAGGAUAUUGUGGUACGGUAUAUUAUAUUCUGCUUUCUUGCAUAAGCACGCUAUGACAGUACUAUUGCUAUAUUCUGUCGUUCUUACUUUAUGUUAUUGAUUGAAUUUGACUGAAUAAUUUUAUAACAAUUGCAUAUUAUAAUAGUGAAAUGGUGAUAAGAAAUAGUACUGUUACAUCAAAUGGAGUUAGAGCUAUAAUCAGAAUAUGGUUUGUUUACUAGAAGAAAUAGUUUUGUAGUUGUUAAUUAUAUGCUAUGAUUAAGAAACCAAUAUUGUUGAAUCAAUACCUUGAAUGUGAAAUUAUUAUAGAUUUCUGAGGUGAUUGUUGAGAAAUGAAUAUUUUAUUACAAAUUUUAAACUUGCUUACUCUAAUUGUUAAGAGUUUAGUAUUAGUAAUAUUGAAGUAAUAGCGUUACAGCUAUUUUAUAGUAGGCAGAAAUAUCAAUCAAUUUUGUUCUCUAUUGACUCCUCAAUGCAAUAAUUGUAUAGAAGCUCUUCUACCAAAUAUCGUGGAGUCUCAAUUUAUAACUCACUACAGAAUCGAAAAAGUACAAUUUAAUAAGAGAGACCUAGGAUUACUCUUAACAUUACAUUUUUUCAUUACUCAUCAUUUUAAUAAGUUUAUUUUCUCUCAAAGCUUAAAUAAUAUGGCAUAUAAUUACCCAAAUCGUUACUAGUCAGUUUAUUAUUAAUUGUUUGCUAUUGCAAUUUGCUUCUAGUCUGAUUUUCAUGCACUCUUGAAACACUGUCUUCCUUGAGCGAUUAUGCAUAAAUAUUAAGAAUGUUUACUAUGUCAGUUCUAAUGAGUUUAAUAUCAAUAUUGUAACAUUGAAAAUUUCUUCAAAUGUAGUAGAGAUUCUCAAUGUCUUGAUAUUAUUUUGUUUAUCAAUUAUACUACCCAAUAAUCACUGUUCCGCGAAAGUUUGGAAGCCUCCAGCCAAUUGUUCCAAUUUUAUUAGUUGGACUAAUUGUAAUUAGUUUUGAUCGUUCAAUUAUUUAGACCAUGAGUUAGUAAUGCUCUAGUUUUGUAAAUAUAAUCAUAUUGUUAAGAUGAAAAUAAAUAAUAUAGCUUAUAUUUAUUGUUAUUAAUAUUUUUAUAAAAUGUUCAAGAUGCUUUGAAAACAUAUCUGAUCAAUUUUGUGUGUACUGCAUUAAAUCAGUGUAAAAAUUUUAUGCUAAAACAAUACCACAUAAAUCAAUUAUACACUUUCUUCAGUCUCAUCUAUUUAGAUUUAAACGAUUCAAAGAAAAGUGCUAUUAAUGUUCAAUAAAUAACGGGUAACAACAUGUCCAUUAUUGGUUUUAGUGUCAAUGUUCAAAAUAAUAAUAUUAAUGAUAGGUACGGUACAUUAUUUCUUGACUAAUCUUCCUAGCUAAUUUGGCUUUGCUCACGUUCACAAAAAAUAUCAUCACCUUCAGAUGACUCUCUUUUCUCUUAAGGUGCGUACAGAUUUACGCACCGCGAACACGAGCAAUUCACUUUUAAUCAGCUGAUGCUAAGCUUUUUAUAUCUGAAUCUUACCGUUUCUGUACAGAUAAAGAUAUAAUCAGCUGAUGAAAAGUGAAAUUCGCGUGUUCGCGGCGCGUAAAUCUGUAUGCACCUUUAGGUAGUACUGUACCUACUAUAUCCCUCUAGAUGUACGAGCAUCUAUUAUUGUUUUAAUAGAUGUCUCAUCUAUUAUUUUCCUUGUUCAAAGCUGCUUGUCAUUAACUUUUGCGCUGUACCAUUGAUAUAAUUCAUUGUAUCAAUGAUAUCAUUAUUCAAUCGUUUAGGUUUAACAUGAAAAUUGAGUGUACAAUCAUAUUUUACAAGUUUCAAUGAAACAAUCACAUUCAUAAUAAUGAUUUUUUCAAUAUUUUGUGUUGAAUGACAAAAAAUUGAAAUUUGAUAUCGAUACACUCCAAACAUUGUUCUUUUGUCCAUAAUUAAAACAUCAACAUUUAUUCAAUUUCGAUAUUUUUUGAAACUGAAUACCAAAUGACUGUACUAAUAGUGAACAUGUUGUGGGAUUUACCUUUUUUAGCUCUCAGUACGCCUUUAGAAUUUGGACAUUAAUCAGGAUCUUUUUGCUUAUUAAUCUAUAGUGAGGUCCACGUUAUAAUGGCAAAGUGUGAUUGGCAAUUGUAUUGCUAUCCUUGUCUGUCAUUCAACAAAGCUGAUAGCGCUCUCUCUCUUUCUCGCUUUGCUUUGUUGCCAGAU